CAUCGCUCUUGCUGGUAUCAUGCUUUGCGUCGCUGGAACUCUCGACUGCAGGCCAUACAAGAUACCAAAAAAUACAGCUGAAUCUAGGUCUAGGGAUUCUUGAUGUCGGUGUGCUCAUCUGACUUGACACUUCUCGGUAUCAAGUUAUGAUGCCGAAGACGCGACAUAGUCCGACUUUCUGGCACUAUUUGUAGACUUUUGCCCCGAGCACACUCAGGAAGUCUCGUCUCAGAUCAACCUCAGGGACCUCCAUGAUACCUUAUGGCAACUGCGGCGUCACUUCGACAGCUCAGGGAGUGAUAUAACAACAUUGAUAUCUGUCAGCUAUCUCAGGACCAGGCACUUUCUUCGAGGAGCAUUUGAAUUGCUACCCGCUGUCGACGUGGCGUCUGUGCGCGGACGUAACCCCUCGUACAUUUCUCUGCUGCAGGAUGCGCUGGCUUGCAAGGUGAAACGUCCGGACGCGCAUGUGCGUGCUAUUUACGAAAACUUGUGCGCUAUUAUUCGUGAAACGGCACGAGCCCGUGACAUACCAUCUGGUCUUCGACUUUCAAUUCGUCCAGCUCUCGCCCAGCACUAAUGCUCCCCAGGUUCCGCACCACUUGUCACAGUCUUUCUUCGGCUUCGAUCCUUCAUUGACACUUGAAGCUUCGACUAUCACUCAUUAUCCAAGACUGCCCACGCAACCAUGGUUGCCUUCACUUCUGUCUUUACCACUAUCUUCGCUGCUGUUCUGUCUGCCACAAGCGUUAAUGCCGCUCCUGUGACACAGAGCCUAGCUGCUCGUUCCGCUGCCCCGUCGGCCCCUCACUUCGUCGCGUACAUCGAUGAAUGGAUGACGCCCCCGGCUACAACUGACCUUACUGGCUUCAACGUUGUCGCACUCUCUUUCUGGCGCCCAGGCGCCCCCGUCGACGAGGCCCUCGAGUGGCAGGAUCUCGAUGCCGCGACGCGCAACUCAACCCUGUCGACCUACAGCGCGGCGGGCAUCAAGACCGUCGUGUCCGCCUUCGGCGCCGACUACUUCCCGACGAGCGGCAGCCCGGAGCUCGACCCCACGCAGACGGCCGACGAGCUCGCGGCGUGGGUCAUCCAGUACGGCUUUGACGGUGUCGAUAUCGACUACGAGGACUACACCGCGAUGAACAAGAAGGACGGGUCCGCGGAGCAGUGGCUCAUCACAUUCACGACCGAGCUGAGGAACAAGCUGCCUGCAUCUGACUAUUUCAUCACCCACGCUCCUCUUGCUCCCUGGUUCUCGUCCAGCGUGUACACGUCGGGCGGUUACAUCAAGGUUAAUCAGGAGGUUGGCUCCUUGAUCGAUUGGUACAACGUGCAGUUCUACAACGAUGGCACCAGCGAAUACACCACCUGUGACGGCCUCAUCAACACCUCCUCCACCACCUAUCCCGACACGGCCCUCUUCCAGAUCGUCGCUGCUGGCGUCACCGCUGACAAGCUCGUCAUCGGCAAGCCCGGCACCACCGCCGACGAGACCGACGGCGGCUACAUGAGCGCGAGCGACCUCGCGUCCUGCCUCCAGCAGGCGACCGCGAAGAACUGGAACGCCGGUGUCUCCAUCUGGCAGUACCCCGAUGCUGGUGCUGCCUGGAUCAAGACGGUCCGCUCGCUCGCGUUUCCUGAGUAAAUCAAGGACGGUGCACUUUAUCGGACUGGGACAAGUCACGAAAUGAUUGCUCGGGCGCAUAUUUAUGGGAACGAGGGGUCCUUUAUGGCAUCGUGUGUUUUAUAAGUCUGUGUUAGUGCUACGAGUUUUAUAGGGUGCCUUGAUGGUUACCCUAUCGUCUGCUGUAUACCUUGAUAUUGCUCUGACUGGUACUGUUUAUUCUUUUCUGGGUUGGGUUUGUUAAUGUUAUCUUAUUUAUUGCGCG